UUUUGAGUUUUACAAUUGCUUGUUAGUUGGGUACAGUCAGUACCUCACAUGUUGUGAACAACUGAAGAGAUAUGCUGUUUGUUACAAUCUGCCAAUCUAUGGGGCAUAUGGCUAAUAUAGCACUGAAAUUGCGUACUACAUUACUCGUGAGAUAUCACAGAAUGUCUACUUGGCUUGAUGGCAGCAUUCUGUUAAUUGAAAAUACCACUCAUGUUGUUACUGUAUAGCAGCAGCAUGAAGCGACUAGCUUCACUUGUUGCUUAAAGCUUUGAGGUACCUUACCCUUCCAGAUAGUUGAAGGUGGACUGGACACUUCAGGACCAGAAAUGACAGCCUUAGGCCUAUUCAUGGGUUUGAAUAAUAUAUGGAAAGAAAUAGUCUCAAGUUCUCAGUUCGCCAGUUCAGUUUUAUGAAAUGACCAUUCCACAGUUUGAAGAUAUCAAAUUUGAAGCAGCCAGUCUUUUGUCAGAGUUAUAUUGCCACCAGAAUCUGGUUGAUUCAGCAAAGCCACUUUUACGGAAGGCGAUACAGAUUUCCCAGCAGACGCCUUAUUGGCAUUGUCGACUGCUUUUUCAGCUUGCACAACUGCACACACUAGAAAAAGAUUUGGUUUCAGCAUGUGACCUCCUAGGAGUUGGAGCUGAGUAUGCAAGAGUGGUCGGAUCAGAAUAUACAAGAGCACUCUUCCUCUUAAGCAAAGGCAUGCUAUUGUUGAUGGAACGGAAGCUGCAGGAGGUUCACCCUCUUCUGACUCUGUGCGGCCAGAUUGUGGAGAACUGGCAAGGUAACCCUAUUCAGAAGGAGUCACUGCGUGUCUUUUUCCUGGUGCUACAGGUCACACACUAUCUGGAUGCAGGACAGGUAAAAAGCGUGAAGCCCUGUCUGAAACAGUUGCAGCAAUGUAUUCAAACCAUCUCGACGCUGCAUGAUGACGAGAUUCUGCCUACUAACCCUGCAGAUCUCUUUCACUGGCUACCAAAGGAGCAUAUGUGUGUGUUGGUUUACCUGGUGACGGUGAUGCACUCCAUGCAAGCUGGAUACCUAGAGAAAGCUCAGAAGUACACAGAUAAAGCACUCAUGCAGUUAGAAAAAUUAAAAAUGCUGGACUGCAGCCCAAUACUCUCUUCAUUUCAAGUCAUGUUACUGGAACAUAUUAUCAUGUGUCGACUUGUAACAGGCCACAAAGCAACAGCUCUCCAAGAGAUUUCUCAGGUCUGUCAAUUGUGUCAGCAGUCUCCCAGGUUGUUUUCAAACCAUGCUGCCCAGCUUCACACGUUACUGGGUUUGUACUGCAUCUCUGUAAACUGCAUGGACAAUGCAGAAGCACAGUUCACAACAGCACUUAGGUUGACUACACAUCAGGAAUUAUGGGCGUUCAUAGUCACAAACCUGGCCAGCGUCUACAUUAGGGAAGGCAACAGACAUCAGGAGUUGUAUAAUCUAUUGGAAAGGAUAAAUCCAGAUCACAACUUCCCAGUCAGUUCUCACUGUCUCCGAGCAGCUGCAUUCUACAUCCGAGGCCUCCUGUCCUUCUUUCAGGGAAGGUACAAUGAAGCAAAGCGAUUUCUACGAGAGACUCUGAAAAUGUCAAAUGCAGAGGAUUUGAAUCGAUUAACAGCCUGUUCCUUAGUGUUACUGGGUCACAUAUUCUAUGCACUAGGAAACCACAGAGAAAGUAAUAACAUGGUGGUGCCAGCCAUGCAGCUGGCAAGCAAGAUCCCAGACAUGUCAGUGCAGCUGUGGUCUUCAGCAUUACUCCGGGAUCUGAACAAAGCUUGCGGGAACAGUAUAGAAGCUCAUGAAGCAGCUCAGAUGCAUCAGAAUUUUUCUCAACAGCUUCUCAAUGACCACAUAGAGGCCUGUAGUCUUCCCGAACACAACCUGAUCAACGUAAGUACAGUCAUCCCGAACACAAUCUAGUCAACGUGUAAAUGCUUACCCCAACAUGUUCUCUUUGAACAGUCCCAUGAGGGUGUUUAAAAUGCACACAAGAAAGCAGACAAAUUGAUAAUUCACAAUUGUGCUGCUUUUAGUGUAGUCAGCUAAUUAAGCACACAGAUUUAAACGUAAUCAAGCACCACACCUUAUGAUUUAGUAACCAACAUUUAAUUCUGCUGUAUCCAAUUUCAUACAAACAAAGCUGGCCCAUAACACUGAUUAGUUUCCUUUUUAAUUGUAUGUACAUAUAUCUAAAUAGAUACACAUAUAUGGUGGUAUAGUUGUAGCACUAGGGUACAGUACUGGUGGUCAGAGUGUAGUAUUGAUAAUGCAUGUUGUUUACUGCCAUUUAAGGAGAAUCGGAGAAAUGUUA